AGUGUGAGGAGACCUCAAAGUGGCACAUGGCAGAGUGGAAGCAAUGGGAGGCCGUACAGGGACCCAGGUCACACUGUGGGCCAGCAGCAGCGUGACCAGGCGGUACGGGGGCCCAUGGCCGAUUUGGGGCCUGGCGGCACCUAUGGGAGGCCUGUAAUCUGCCAGCAACCUAUGACAAAAUGGAAAACCGCAGGAGUGUGAGGAGACCUCAAAGUGGCACAUGGCAGAGUGUGGCGAUGGAGACAGCAGCAAUGGGAGGCCGUACAGGGACCCAUGAGAGACUCUGGACUUGGCAGCAGCAU